CUUCAGUGUGAAUGAAGUCAACGUCUCCUUCAUGUACGACAACAACCAAUUCCACCAGUCAUUGACGGAUAAUACCUCUUGAUUAAGCUGCCUGGAAGGCCUUUUCAUUAUGGCUUCAGGCAGCUCGUCGCCGUCAGGAAAUAUGGACACGACUACUUCCAUCCCAAUGUCCAAUGGAUACCACUCUCCUGUUGGGGAUAUCUCGGUCGCCGACGAUGCCGCUUCAGACCACUCGGGAAGCGACUUAUCCGAAGUACGUGAAGCCCCAGCGGCAGAAGCCUCGCCGUCGCCGUCGAGCACACCACAUCACCAAUCCGAUUUCGCCGCUGAGGACACCGAACCUUCCGAUGAAUCAGAAGAUGACAACGACAAGGGGUCUGAUAAUGACGAGUUCGAUGCAGAAGAGGGCAUGCGGGCAGUGGCCCAUCACCACCCGCGCAUCGACCGUUCGUCAUCCCACGAUUCACGACGUCCAACAAAGAGAAAAUUGGGGAUAGAGGACGAUGAGCAUAUAAAAGCCAAUCCAGAGCUAUAUGGAUUGCGCAGAAGUGGCCGGCCUGUCCAACAUCGCACCAUAAUUGAUAGCGAUGACGAUGAAGAUGAAGAUCAGUAUGCUACUGCUUCAGACGUUGCCCCACGAAAGAGGCGGAAAGCAGAAAAAUCUCGACCAACUUCCAAACGAGAGACUCCAGUAUUUCGAUCAGCAUCCAAUGACUCCGAAUCCGACACAUACGGUGGCUCUCGUGCCCGGAAUCUAAUAAAGAAGAACCGGCGCCGACAGAUGGAUGCACUACCAGUGCCUGCUGCCAGAUGGAGCAACCGUCGCGCGGCACAGGUCUCCGCUGGGGCAUACCAAGAAAGCGAAGCUGAUGAGGAAGAUUCAGAGAUGAUGACGCCCAUCCAAGCGCUUGAGGGAUACGAGGAUAAUUCUCCGUAUAUCGAAGUUGUUCUCAAACACAGGCCGAAGGACGGUGUCGACAUCAGUCUGUCGGGCUCAACACGUGAUGACUUCGAGUAUUACGUUAAAUGGCAAGGGAAGUCAUACUACCAUGCCACAUGGGAGGAUGCAGUUUAUUUAGGCACUGUCCGAGGUCACCGACGGCUGGAGAACUACUAUCGAAAGGUUGUCCUGCAAGACGUCUAUUUCGCAACCGACCCUGAUGUUCAGCCGGAAGAAAAAGAGAAGUGGAUGCUAGACAGAGAACGAGAUGCCGAUGCCCUCCUUGACUAUACUAAAGUUGAGAGAGUCAUCGGUGUUAGAGAUGGCGAUGAUGGAGCGGAAUAUUACGUCAAAUGGAAAAGCCUCUACUACGAAUCGUGUACAUGGGAAUCGGAAACUCUCAUUGGCGAAAUUGCUCAAGACAAAAUCGACGGGUAUUUAAACCGUACUUCCCAAAUACUAACUUCAGAUAAGUCUGAAUCCAAUCCGAAUACGCGACGUUCACAUGUCCCAAUCCGUGAACAACCAUCAUAUAUCAAGGGUGGCCAGCUUCGAGACUUCCAGAUCACAGGACUCAAUUUUCUUGCAUACAAUUGGAGCAAGAACAAAAAUGUCAUUCUCGCCGACGAGAUGGGUCUCGGGAAAACUGUGCAGACAGUUUCGUUCAUGAGUUGGUUGCGCCAUGACCGAAAUCAGAAUGGCCCAUUCUUGGUCAUCGUCCCUUUGUCAACAAUGCCAGCAUGGGGUGAUACCUUCGAUUUUUGGGCACCAGACACCAACUAUGUUGUCUACAAUGGCAAAGAAUCAUCCCGUAGUAUCAUAAGAGACUGCGAGCUUUUGUCGGGCGGGGAUGUUCGCAAGCCAAAGUUUAAUGUCUUGCUCACAUCCUACGAAUACAUCUUGGCUGAUGCCAACUUUUUAGGCCAGAUCAAGUGGCAGUUCAUGGCGGUUGACGAAGCGCACCGCCUGAAGAAUAGAGAAUCUCAGCUCUACCAGAGACUUUUGGAUUUCAAAACUCCCAGCCGGCUGCUCAUUACUGGUACUCCAGUGCAAAAUACACUCGGUGAACUUUCUGCGCUCAUGGAUUUCUUGAUGCCUGGCGAGGUUGAUAUUGAGGAUGAUAUGGAUCUGACCUCGGAAGCUGCGGGAGAAAAGAUUGCAGCAUUGACGACUAAGAUUCAGCCAUACAUUUUGCGCCGGACAAAGCAGAAGGUUGAGAAUGAUCUUCCUCCAAAGACUGAGAAGAUCAUCCGAGUUGAACUAUCCGAUGUGCAAUUGGAGUACUAUAAAAAUAUUUUAACUCGGAACUACGCCGCACUCAACGAAGGUUCAAAGGGCCAAAAGCAAUCUCUUCUCAACAUCAUGAUGGAAUUGAAGAAGGCCAGUAAUCAUCCAUACAUGUUCCCCAACGCCGAGGAUAAAAUUUUGAAGGGAGCGGACAGGCGCGAGGACAUGCUGAAAGGACUCAUUGCUAGCAGUGGCAAGAUGAUGCUUUUGGAUCGAUUGUUGACGAAGCUCAAAAAGGACAAUCACCGUGUUCUAAUUUUCAGUCAAAUGGUAAAAAUGCUCGACAUCCUCGGAGACUACUUACAAUUACGCGGGCACGCUUUUCAAAGACUUGAUGGUACCAUGGCUUCUGGCCCAAGAAGGCUAGCCAUUGAUCAUUUCAAUGCAGACGACAGCCAGGACUUUUGCUUCUUGCUUUCGACGCGUGCCGGCGGUCUUGGCAUUAAUCUUAUGACUGCAGAUACUGUUAUCAUUUUCGACUCUGACUGGAAUCCGCAGGCGGAUCUUCAAGCUAUGGCUCGUGCCCAUCGGAUUGGACAAAAGCGGCCAGUUAGUGUCUAUCGACUACUUUCUAAAGAAACUGUUGAGGAAGAGAUUCUUGAGCGCGCCCGUAAUAAGCUCAUGCUAGAAUUCAUCACUAUUCAGCGCGGCGUAACAGACAAGGAAAUGAACCAACUCCGCGAGAAGGCACAGAAAGCUGGGAAAAUUGAAGAGCCAAAAUCCUCAGACGAUAUAUCGCGCAUUCUUAAGAAACGAGGCCAGAAGAUGUUUGAACAGUCCGGCAACCAGAAGAAAUUGGAGGAAUUGGAUAUCGACUCUAUUCUUGAAAAUGCCGAAGAGCACCGGACGGAAGUUCCCGAGGGCAUGGUCGCCGAUGGAGGAGAGGACUUUUUGAGAAGCUUCGAAUACACCGACGUGAAGCUCGACCUUGAGUGGGAUGACAUUAUCCCGAAGGAUCAGCUCGAGGGGAUUAAAGCUGAGGAGGAAAAGAAGGCCCAUGAAGAGUACUUGGCUAGGGUCGUCGAGGAAAACGCACCCCGAAAGGCUGCAUUAAAGGUCACUGCCGAACAGGAGCGUGAACAACGUUUGGCGAAGAAGCGCGAACGAGACCUGGCUAAACAAGAGGAACUUGAGCUCAAGGAGGCCGACAAGGUGGACCCAAAGAGAGAACUUAAUGAGAAAGAAGCUAGAUGGCUCUUCAAAGCUUUCCUACGCUACGGUUCCAUUGAUGACAGACCGGACGAAUUGAUCAAGGAUGCUCGCCUUGUCGGCCGUGACCGCGACAUGCUGAAGGCCACGCUUCAAUCUAUCAUUGACGAGAGUGACAAACGAUUGAAGGCAGCUAGUGCUGAAAUGGAGGCUAAAGAACGAGAGUCUAACAAGGCUCUUACGAAGAAAGAUAAGAAAGCUGUCUUAUUUGAUUUCCUCGGGGUGAAGCGUUUAAAUGCAGAGACUGUGAUUGAACGGCCGGGCGAGAUGAGAAUGCUGAAAGAGGUCAUUGAAGCAUUUUCUGACUUUGGAAAGUUCAGGGUUCCCGAGGCGUCAAAGGCCGCGCACUAUUCCUGCGAGUGGGGUGCGAAAGAAGACGGCAUGUUGCUUGUUGGCAUUCACCGCCAUGGUUAUGGAGCCUGGCCAGAUAUCCGGGAUGACUCUGAACUAGGGCUACAAGAAAAGCUAUUCCUCGAAGAGCAUCGCGUAGACAAAAAAGAGCUGCGUAUACAAGGUGAAGAUACAACGGCCAAGUCACCUGGGGCCGUGCAUCUUGUUCGACGAGCUGAUUACCUCUUAUCUGUCUUGAAAGCAAGAUACUCGGAUGACCAAGCUGCCCGACGAGCCGUUGAAAACCACCAUCGGAAUAACAAGAAGAAUGGUAUUCGCCGAGCCGAACAUAGCGCGUCAGUAUCUGCGUCACCGGCGCCACAGAUCCGCAAGGCCCAUCGUCAAUCUGAAGGACGUGACCGCAUGAGUGAUCAUCGUCACGAGAGGGGCCGCUCGAGCCACGAGGAUCACAGGCACAAGCCCGAUCUCAAGCGCAAACAUAGUGCUGCAGAUGAUGACCGUGUUGAUCGCCACAAGCACCGCAAGUCUGAGAACGGCUCGAGCAGCAGCAACCACGAGCAGGAUCAAAUGUUGCGAGUCAUUUUCCGACCAAUGAAGGAUGCUUUCCGACGGGUCGGGGGUGCUACUAAAGAGAAGAUCAAGUCUCAGAAGGAGCGUGCGAAUCUCUUGAAGAACGAAUUAGUCACCAUUGGAAACUUCAUUGAUAGCCUAGAGGCAGACGAGGACGUGUCUGCCCUGAGGCCAAGUUUUUGGACCUAUGUUGCUUCUCAGUGGCCACUAGACCCUAAGCCUCAGGGCCGCGCACUCGAAGAUAUGCACCGCAAAAUCUUGGCCGCAGCCAAGGCCAGGGCAGCUAGCAGCGACACAUCUGGUAGCAAACCGAACCCUAGCAGCACCAAGGUCGAACCUGUCUCGUCCAAGCCGGUCAUUACCUAACGAUGCUACUCUUCAUAUUUACGUGCUCUAUUCCUAGAGACUGACAGAUCGGUCAUUCACAUAUCCUGCGUUUAUAUAACCAUGGCGGCGGAGUUUUCUGGGCCCGUAUAUCUCUUUCAACACCACUCUUUCCUGGGCGCGCAUGUUCGCGGAAUGCUUAACUUUAUCAAGCUAGGAAUCAUGGAUUGGUUUGGGAUGGGGUUGGGUUUGCAUUUGGGUCGUUUUUACAUCAUUUGAAAAUUAUUUGGCAUUCUGGCGUUUUAUUUUUCUAGAAAAGAUGAUUUCUGGUUUGGUCAAGCUCUGUAAUACCGCCAGAGGGGCUGGAUGGUGGUGGUGGUGGUGGUGGUGGUAGGUGUGCUCGAGAGGUAUGGUGAUGGCAGGGGGGCCAUUUGGCAUGAUAGAUAUACCAACAGGAGCAUGUUUGGUGCGUUGGGUUAAGAAGCAGGAUGUAUAAGAUGAGCUUCUACGCAUUAUGGGCUGAACCGUGCAACGGCAACCUCACUGUGGCGCACGUCAGCUUGUUCCCGGCUUUUGGUAGCGUAGCGGUACUGUGGUUAAGUUGAAACUGCGCUGGCAAUAUAAACAAUCUAUUUAGAACUGGUUU